AUGGUAACACCGCUGUCUUGGGUCCAUCUGAACAAGAGCCCGCACAAGAGGAAUGCUUGCCCCCAGCUUGCAGGCUUCAAGAGGUGCAAUAAUUGUGGCAAGGAAGGCCAUUUCAAGAGGGAUUGCGCCACCCUCGCGAAUACAGUGACGCGUACCCCAGUUUUGGCCCCAGCCAAGAACCAGCAGAGGAUGGGAGGGAAUAGGCCUCAGGCAUCGAGCAGAGUGUACGCCUUGACUGGAGGGGAGGCAACAGGCUUAGGUAACCUAGUUAUAGGUCAUUGUAUGAUAGCUGGGAAAUCUUGUCGUGUGCUAUAUGAUUUUGGAGCGACACACUCCUUUGUGUCAGAUGCCUGUGUGAAACGUCUAGGUUUGUCGGUGGGUGAGCUGUAUUGUGAACUGGAGCUAGAGGUGAUCUUAGGGAUGGAUUGGCUCUUUGCCAAUCACAUUCUUAUAGAUUUCCGAGGGAAGAAGUUGCUUUUCCCCGACUCAGAGGAGCCUGAGUUGUUAACAUCUCAAGGGGUUGUGAAGGAAUUACAAGAGGGCGCACAAUGCUACAUAAUCUUCACACAUCUUGAGGUGUAG